UUUUCCAUCUUUGGUCUCACUGGUCAAUAACGCGCACAUUGUUUUUAACGUUUCAGCGCUGCGAAAUGGAAGAAAAGGUUCAACCGAAAUUCCUGCUUCCACCGCCAAAGUUUGACAAGCCUAAUGGACCCAGCCAGGCCAACACACACUUCCUUACCCCCUGUGGGAUGACCCUGCUGCCAAGGGCCAAGCAACCGCCGCCCAUGUAUGGCGCACGAGGAGCAACAGUUCCUGCCAAGUUUCUACCCAAGGAACAGAAUGUUCCAUCUCCUGUGCCUGAAACUCCUCCAAUUUACGAUUGUCCCCCUGUUCCCGAGCACUGUUAUACCUGUGGCAUGCAACUGGCCAACUCGCAGGAUAUGAAGCGGCAUCUGGAGCAACAUGAGGAAUGUCCUGCCGAGGAUUGCGACUUUGCAGCUCUUCACAAUAUCUUGGAAAGGCAUAUAGAAGCUAAUCACAUCACGGGUGCCUACAAAAAGGUGAAGAAAGUGUGGACAGCAGAGGACUUGGCUGCAUGGAGGGCAGAACGGAGAAAGAAAUAUCCAACAGCAGCUAAUGUAGAACUUGCCCGAUUGGCGAAAGAGCAGCGGAUAAAACGCGGAGAGCGCUUGGAGGCUUCCAAAUCUAGAUUUGGCAGACGGGAAGAUCGAGAGAGGAGUCGAUGGGGCCAAAAUAAACAGGCUUCCAAAGCCAAGAGCAGACAAAGAAGAAAGGACCACACUCAUGAAAGGAAAAAGAGUCAAAGCUCUACCAAAACAGUUGCUGAAAAAAAGGAACAAAGACCUGUUUCAGAAAACCAAGCAUCUCAACCUCAAGCUAAACAAGACGAAGAGGACACAAGCUCCUCCGAACUAAAAAAAUUUCAAGGAACUGGUCACAUGUCAGACUAUAAACACUUUAAAGAUAAGGCCAAGAAAGAGGACAAUGCUAUAUUCGGUUUAGUGGGCAUGUAUGGCUCCGAAAGUGAUGAAGAAACCGAAUCUGACUCAGAGGACAGUGAAGAACAAAAAGAAGAUGAAGUUCCAAUGGCUGAAGAAGUUAGUGAUAAAAGACAAACUGAUGAUAGUUCACACUCUUCCACUAAUGUUAAUAUUAGUGAAAAUAUUGACAAUAAUCCAACAGAAGAUAAAUCCUCUGCUGUGGAAAGAGCUUCCUCUUCCAACGAAGCCCCCGAAGAAGAACCCAUUCAGAGAAUCACAGAGACUCCGACAGACCCUAUUAUUGGUAUCAGUGAAAAUUUCGACAAUAAACUUAUAGAAGAAAAACCCUCUGCUGUGGAAAAAGGCUCCUCUUCAGAUGAAGCAUCCGGAGAAGAACCCAUUCAGAGAAUCACAGAGGCUACGACAGGCACUGUUCAGCCUGAACCAGGAAAUGCUGAAUUAUCUGAUGAAGCACCUGCCGAAGAACCAAUUCAACGAGUAACUGAAAGUAUAAAUGAAACGUUGGAGCCAUCAACAUCAAGUGAAGCAACGAAACCUAAACAACCAGAAAAGCGGCCAGCGCCCAAACGCUUCUACGGCUUAAACUACAAAAGAGCUCGUAGGACGACACCACAAAAUACUAUGCUGUCCAAGCUUUUGGCAAAGGAUAUAAUACACGAAAGGAAUGUUCUGCUGCAGUGCGUGCGUCAUGUUUGCCAAAGUAACUUCUUUGGCAUUGGUCAGCCUCCAAAGGAGCCUCCAGCCUGUGAUAACUAGGCAUCCCAUAUCUUGAAUUAUUAAAAAUACAGUACAAAUUUA